AUGCAAGAAUCCGGUUAUCAAAAAAGUGUAGAUGGACCCGAUCAUAGAUCGAAGAGAGCAAAAAAAAAAGAGGAAGAGAGAAGGUUGUAUAAUCGGAUUAUAAUGAUGAACUGGCUGACGAUCAGCGAAUGGGGUAAUAUAAAUCGAUCCAUUGGAUCAUCACUUGCAUAUGUAGAAUCAAUGUUUAUGUUUUUUUUCCAUCAAAAAAACACCUGGAGUGGCUAAAAAUAAGAAAAAAAAGGAUGCAUGGUGGGGCAAUGGGUGAUGCAGUGCAUGUCUUUUUUUAUUUCAGUCUCCUUGCCAACCAGAAGCAACCAAAGCCGCAUCAAGCGAAUUUCCACCUAUAUUUUUUUCAGUUUCCGUCUCCUUUUUUUUUUCUCUUGUAGGUUGUUCUUCUUUCCACCAUGAAGUUUUCCCAUCAAAUUCAGUUUAAUGCUGUACCUGAUUGGGCAGACUACUACUUACCUUACUCCAACCUAAAGAAACUCAUUUAUGCUAUUGAAAAAGACAAGAUUGCUGGUACGACACCGCGGCUGUCGGUCGAUCGCGAGCAUGUGAGUGAAACGACGGCAUUGAUAAACGAGCCGCAACCGGUGGAAUCCGACAAUGCUCAGUUCAUUGCCGCUCUGGACAAGUCGCUCGAUAAAAUUGUACGGUUUUACUCCAAAAAAGAGACGGAGCUAUAUGACGAUAUGGAUAAGCUUCUGUCGGCCUAUGAGCAUCGCCGCUCGUACUAUCGACCUUCAAUGGAUGAAGAAGCGGGCUUGGAGACCACUCGUCCGGCUCCGACCAACCCCAACCAGAGGCGUCGCAGCAACACGAAUGAAUUGCCCAGACGUGAGUCGACCGUGGAAGGUGAUUCGUACUUGCCUGCGAAUAUUGGGACACAAAAUAUUAGCGAGAAUGACCCGGAGCAAUCCUUGUUGACAAGCGGAAAACAGGGGGAACAUAAUCUGGUGGAAUUACGCAAACGAACCGUCGAUCUAUUUGUCCUACUUUCUGAACUCAAAUCGUUUGUGGCACUGAAUCUGACGGCGUUUUCCAAAAUCCUGAAAAAGUACGAUAAAAUUACCAACAACAACCUCAAGCGAUACUACACUUCCAAUUACGUCAGUCAAGCUUACCCUUUCAAGAGCGCCACCAAAGCGAAGUUGAACCAACGUAUUCAGGAAACAGAACAAGGCUACGCUACCCUUGUUACCAAUGGCAAUCUGGACCAAGCCAUUGACGAACUCAAGACGCAUCUCAGAGAACACAUCGUGUGGGAGCGCAAUACGGUGUGGCGUGAUAUGGUUGGUCAGGAAAGACGCAUUCAAAGUGUGGGUCUGAGUGAAGGCAAACCCGCUGCAGUGCAUACGCCGUUCGGCACCCUCAAACUCCAGAAAAGCCAGAUCACACAUGCUUGUUGUCUCAUUCUCAGUGUCGCGGUUUUCGGCCUCCUUUUACGAGUUCCCAUCUUUUCAGAAAUUGAACAGAAUCGAUGCUUUGCCAUUCUUGUAUUUGCCAGUUUAUUAUGGGCCACAGAGGUCAUGCCACUCUUUGUUACAGCUCUUCUUGUUCCAUUUUUGAUCAUCACUCUGCGUGUGAUGCGUUCCGAUGACGAUCAGCAUACCCGAUUGAGUGCCCCGGAUGCGACCAAACGUGUUUUUGCGAGCAUGUUUUCUCCGGUCAUUAUGUUACUUUUGGGUGGGUUUGCUAUUGCAGGUGCUUUGAGCAAAUUUGGCAUUGCCAAAUCCAUGGCCACCUAUGUUCUGUCCAAGGCCGGCACUCGACCCAACCGGGUUCUCCUUGUCAAUAUGAUGGUCGCCACCAUCGCCAGUAUGUGGAUCAGCAACGUAGCCGCCCCCGUUCUCUGUUUCUCUCUGAUUCAGCCUAUUCUGCGUACACUGCCCGUGGAUUCUAAAUUUGCUCCUUGUCUUAUCCUUGGCAUUGCACUGGCGUCCAAUUUGGGUGGUAUGACUUCACCUAUUUCAUCGCCUCAAAAUAUCAUUGCUAUCCAAAAUAUGGAUCCUGCCCCCUCUUGGGGCGAAUGGUUUGUCGUCUCUAUUCCAUUGUCCAUCCUCGGUAAUGUGAUUAUCUGGCUUUGGCUCCUGUGGAAUUACAAGCCGGAAAAACAGACACCUCACAUCCACACGAUUCGUGCAUCGCAUGAUCCGCUCACUGCGACCCAGUUGUAUGUCGUCU